GGUAAGAAGCAGAUUGCCGCUGAGGACAAAUUCAGCUGUCAGAGACGCCUUUUUCUAACCGUAUAUCAUAGUGGUUCUAACUGGAUUUCAAUGGAAUCAUGGAAUUAAACAAAGACGGUGGAGUGGAAAUUCUCGUUUGCUGAUCCAACCUGAAUCGCUUAUUUUUUUCGACGCUUUUCUUCUUUUUGUUAAGGCACAGUCCAGGGUGAGGCAACAUGUCGGACAAAAUGUCCAGUUUCCUCCACAUAGGAGACAUCUGCUCCCUCUAUGCGGAGGGCUCCACCAGUGGAUUUAUCAGCACUUUAGGGCUUGUGGAUGAUCGAUGUGUGGUUCAACCAGACACCGGGGACCUCAACAACCCACCCAAGAAGUUCCGAGAUUGCCUUUUCAAGCUGUGCCCCAUGAACAGGUACUCUGCACAGAAACAGUUCUGGAAGGCUGCUAAACCAGGCGGUAACAGCACCACCGACACGGUCCUCCUUAACAAGCUCCACCAUGCUGCUGAUCUGGAGAAGAAACAGAAUGAGUCUGAAAACCGAAAGCUGCUAGGAACUAUAAUCCAAUACGGAAAUGUUAUUCAGUUGUUGCACUUGAAAAGCAAUAAGUACCUGACAGUGAACAAGCGUCUCCCUGCCCUGUUGGAGAAGAAUGCCAUGAGGGUGACCCUGGACUCUGCUGGCAACGAGGGCUCCUGGUUUUACAUCCAACCCUUCUACAAGCUGCGUUCCCUGGGGGACAGUGUGGUGAUUGGAGACAAGGUGGUUCUUAACCCUGUGAAUGCUGGACAGCCACUUCACGCCAGCAGCCAUCAGCUGGUGGACAACCCAGGAUGCAAUGAGGUGAACUCUGUUAACUGCAACACGAGUUGGAAGGUAGUUCUGUUCAUGAAAUGGAGCGACAACAAGGAGACCAUUCUUAAAGGGGGGGAUGUUGUUCGGCUAUUCCAUGCAGAGCAAGAGAAGUUCCUGACGUGUGAUGACUUCAAGAAGAAGGAAUAUGUUUUUCUCAGAACUACCGGGCGACAGUCUGCCACCUCUGCCACUAGUAGCAAGGCAUUGUGGGAAGUGGAGGUAGUCCAUCAUGACCCUUGUCGGGGCGGGGCCGGAUACUGGAACAGCCUGUUCCGGUUUAAACACCUGGCCACAGGCUCCUACCUGGCGGCUGAGGUGAACCCCGACUAUGUGGAAGAAUGUCCUGAGCCCCGCUCCUCAGUGGUGGAUUUUGUUCCCUUUAACUUCCAGCUGGACUCGGACCAUGAGGCUCUGCGGGCCCGUCUGCGGACACCCCAGGAGAGGGUCAUGUACCAGCUUGUGUCCGUUCCGGAUGGCAUGGAUAUCUCCUCCAUCUUUGAGCUGGACCCAACCACCCUGAGAGGAGGGGACUCGCUAGUGCCCAGGAACUCGUUUGUCAGGCUCAGACACCUCUGCACCAACACAUGGGUCCACAGUACCAACAACCCCAUCGACAAGGAAGAGGAGAAGCCUGUCAUGUUACGGAUUGGCACAUCAGCAGUUAAAGAAGACAAAGAGGCCUUUGCCAUAGUGCCUGUCCCGCCAGCAGAAGUCAGAGAUUUAGACUUGGCAAAUGAUGCCAGUAAAGUAUUGGCUUCCAUUGCUGGCAAACUGGAGAAGGGCACUAUAACACAGAACGAGAGGAGGUUUGUCACUAAGCUUCUGGAGGACCUGGUGUUCUUCGUGUGUGACAUCCCCAACAGUGGCCAGGAUGUGCUGGAGAUCAUGGUCAACAAGCCCAACCGGGAGAGACAGAAGCUCAUGAGGGAACAGAACAUCCUCAAACAGAUAUUUAAACUUCUUCAAGCCCCAUUUACGGACAGCGGAGAUGGACCCAUGCUGCGAUUGGAGGAGCUUGGUGACCAACGACAUGCCCCUUUCAGGCACAUCUGUCGGCUAUGUUACCGGGUAUUACGCCACUCCCAACAAGACUACAGGAAGAACCAGGAGUACAUAGCUAAGCAGUUCCGCUUCAUGCAGAAACAGAUAGGCUAUGACGUUCUGGCCGAGGACACGAUAACGGCCCUGCUACACAACAACCGCAAGCUCCUGGAAAAACACAUCACGGCUGCCGAGAUUGACACCUUCGUCACCCUGGUCAGGAAAAACCGGGAGCCAAGGUUUCUGGACUACCUGUCUGAUCUGUGCGUGUCCAUGAACAAGUCCAUUCCAGUGACUCAGGAACUCAUAUGUAACGCUGUGCUGGACCCUUCCAAUGGAGACAUCCUCAUCGAGACUAAGUUAGUGCUGUCACGCUUUGAGAUCGAGUCUGUAACGAUCGGGGAGACUCCCAUAGAGACAGAGGAGGACGAGGAGGAGGUGUGGCUCUUCUGGAGGGACAACAACAAGGAGGUCCGGAGCAAGAGUAUCAGAGAACUGGCCCAGGAUGCCAAGGAGGGCCAGAAGGAAGACCAGGAGGUGAUCAGCUACUACAGGUACCAGCUGAACCUCUUUGCCCGGAUGUGUCUGGACCGGCAGUACUUGGCCAUCAAUAAGAUCUCAGGUCAGCUGGACGUGGACCUGAUCCUGCGCUGCAUGUCUGAUGAAGAUCUGCCCUACGACCUCCGUGCUUCCUUCUGUCGCAUGAUGCUGCACAUGCAUGUGGACCGCGACCCCCAGGAACAGGUCACGCCGGUCAAGUAUGCCCGACUCUGGUCCGAGAUACCCUCCAAGAUUGCCAUUGACGACUACGACAAUGAUGGGACAACCAGGGACGAGGUCAAGGAGAGGUUCUGUCUCACCAUGGACUUUGUGGAGAACUACCUGAUGUCUGUGGUGGCUCAGAACAUCCCUUUCGACGACAGAGAGAAAAACAAGCUCACCUUUGAGGUGGUGAACCUGGCGAGGAACCUUAUUUACUUUGGCUUCUACAACUUCAGCGACCUGCUGCGACUGACUAAGAUCUUGCUUAACAUCUUGGACUGCGUUCAUGUCAGCACCGCAUACCCCAUUAACAAGCUGGAGAAAGGAGAGGAAAAACAAGGCAGUAAUGUGAUGAAGUCCAUCCACGGAGUGGGGGAGCUCAUGACUCAGGUUGUCCUCAGAGGAGGAGGCUUCCUCCCCAUCACACCGACUCACCAGCCGGAGGAGGGAGCAGUGAAGACCCAGGUGGAGCCGGAGAGGGAGGACAUCAUGGUGAUGGACACUAAGCUCAAGAUCAUCGAGAUCCUCCAGUUCAUUCUGAAUGUGCGGCUGGAUUACAGGAUAUCCUGCUUGCUGUGUAUAUUUAAGAGGGAGUUUGAUGAGAGCAACCCUCAGGGUGAUGGCUCUUCAUCUAGUCCGGAUGGAAAUAAUGUGACAGGGGCUCUAGAUUUUGAGAACAUUGAGGAGCAGGCUGAAGCCAUCUUUGGAGGGAGCGAGGAGAACACCCCGCUGGAUCUGGAUGACCACGGCGGUCGGACCUUCUUGAGGGUCCUGCUCCACCUGACCAUGCAUGACUACCCUCCCCUGGUGUCUGGGGCCCUCCACCUGCUCUUCAGACACUUUAGCCAGAGGCAGGAGGUCCUCAUGGCUUUCAAACAGGUCCAACUCUUGGUGACCAGCCAAGAUGUGGACAACUACAAGCAGAUCAAAUCGGAUCUGGACCAGCUGCGCUCCAUCGUUGAGAAGUCAGAGCUGUGGGUCUACAAGAGGCAAGGGGACGAUGAUGGAGGGGACGGACCCUCAGAGUCUGACCAUAAAAAGAAGGUGGAGUCAGGCGGCUCUGACAAAAAGGAGGAAAGCACCAGCAGUUACAACUACAGGGUUAUGAAGGAGAUCCUGCUGCGGCUCAGUAAGCUGUGUGUCCAAGAGGGACAGUCUGGGAGAAAGAAUAAGAAGCAACAGCAGCGACUGCUGAGAAACAUGGGGGCCCACAGUGUGGUUCUGGAGUUACUGCAGAUCCCUUAUGAGAAGGGAGAGGAUGUCCGCAUGCAGGAGAUAAUGAAGCUGGCUCACGAGUUCCUCCAGAACUUCUGUGCAGGGAACCAGCAGAACCAGAUCUUGCUGCACAAGCAUAUUAACCUGUUUCUGAACCCAGGGAUUCUGGAGGCAGUCACCAUGCAACACAUCUUCAUGAAUAACUUCCAGCUGUGCAGUGAGAUAAACGAGCGCGUUGUGCAGCACUUUGUCCACUGCACCGAGACGCACGGCCGCCACGUCCAGUACCUCAAGUUCCUGCAGACCAUCGUCAAGGCUGAGAACAAGUUCAUCAAGAAGUGCCAGGACACCGUCAUGGCUGAGUUGGUGAACUCUGGCGAGGACGUGCUGGUGUUCUACAAUGACCGUGCAUCCUUCCAGACCCUGAUCACAAUGAUGCGGUCAGAGCGGGACCGUAUGGACGAGAACAGUCCUCUGAUGUACCACAUCCACCUGGUGGAGCUGCUGGCCGUCUGCACCGAGGGAAAGAACGUCUACACUGAGAUCAAGUGCAACUCCCUGCUGCCCCUGGAUGACAUUGUGAGGGUGGUCACCCAUGAGGACUGCAUUCCUGAGGUGAAAAUAGCCUACAUCAACUUCUUGAACCACUGCUAUGUGGACACCGAGGUGGAGAUGAAAGAGAUCUACACCAGCAACCACAUGUGGAAACUCUUUGAGAAUUUCUUGGUGGACAUCUGCAGGGUCUGCAACAACACCAGUGACCGGAAGCAUGCGGACACUGUGUUGGAGGGUUACGUGACGGAGACCGUCAUGAGCAUUGUCACCACCUUCUUCAGCUCGCCCUUCUCUGACCAGAGCACCAGUCUGCAGGUGGCAUGUCAGAUGUAUGCGUGCAUUCUGGGAAAGAUAAUGGAGACUCGCCAGCCAGUGUUUGUUCAGCUCCUGCAGGGGGUGUUCAGGGUGUAUCAUUGUAACUGGCUCAACCCCACUCAGAAGGCCUCUGUUGAGGCCUGUAUCAAGGUGCUGUCUGACGUGGCCAAGAACAGAGCCAUCGCCAUCCCGGUGGACCUGGACAGCCAGGUGAACAACCUGUUCGUCAAGUCGAACAACGUGGUCACCAAGUCCAUCCUGAGCUGGAGGCUUUCUGCCAAGAAUGCCCCCAGAAGGGACUCCAACAGCACCACAUCCAUUAGCUACAGGAAUAUCAUAGAAAGACUACAGGACAUAGUGUCAGCUCUAGAAGACCGCCUGCGCCCGUUGGUCCAGGCUGAGCUCUCUGUGCUGGUGGACGUGCUUCAUCGCCCAGAGCUGCUCUUCCCUGAGAACACAGAUGCCCGCCGGAAGUGUGAAAGCGGUGGCUUCAUCUCCAAGCUCAUCAAACACACCAAGCAGCUGCUGGAGGAGAAUGAGGAGCGCCUGUGCAUCAAGGUGCUGCAGACUCUGAGGGAGAUGAUGACCAAAGACCGUGGCUAUGGGGAAAAGCACAUAGCCUUUGAUGAUGAGAUGGAUGUGGCUGAGCUGGCCCCUCUUCCGGCCGAGCCUGAAGUCCCAGCGCCUGAUGAGCUUGACCCCAAUCUGCCCCAAAAGCAACUGGAGGACCAGAGAAGGGGUGAAGCUCUACGACAGAUUCUGGUGAAUCGUUACUAUGGGAACAUCAAGCCUGGGGCCAGAAGAGACAGUGUGACAACGUUCAGCAACGGUCCCGUCCCCAAUGGAGCGGAAGGGAAACCUCGAGCCGUGGUAAGUUCGGGGGCGGCUGCGGCCCGAGGGGAGCUGACCCUGCACGAAGUCCAGUGCCGCCUGGAUAAAGAGGGUGCGUCCGACCUCGUCAUCGACCUCAUCAUGAACGCCACCAGCGACCGUAUUUUCCAGGAGAGCAUCCUACUGGCCAUCGCCCUGCUGGAGGGCGGGAACACUGUCAUCCAGAAAUCCUUCUUCUUGCGUCUGACCGGGGAAAGCAAGUCAGAGAUGUUCUUUAAGGUUUUCUACGAACGGAUGAAGCUGGCUCAGCAGGAAAUCAAGGCCACUGUGACUGUCAACACCAGCGACCUGGGCAGCAAGAAGAAGGACGAGGAACUCCCUGACAAGGACACACCCAAUGCUAAAGGAAAGCGAGGGAAGGAGUUGGCACUGACAUCACCGGCGGCAGUCGCCGUGGUGACCGAAGAGGUCAAGGAGCAGUUGGCGGAGGCCUCCGCGGUCACCAAGAAGGCGUUUGCCACGUACCGGCACGAGGCCGAGGCCGAGGAGCACCUGGCCGUGGCUGACGGUCAGGGCGCGGCCGGCGUGGCCGAUGACCAGGAGGGGGAGAUGAGCGUCGUCAUCACCAUCAUGCAACCCAUCCUGAGGCUCAUGCAGUUGCUCUGCGAGAACCACAACAGGGAGCUGCAGAACUUCCUGCGCUGUCAGAACAAUAAGAACAACUACAACCUGGUGUGUGAGACGCUGCAGUUCCUGGACUGUAUCUGCGGUAGCACCACGGGAGGCCUGGGUCUGCUGGGUCUCUACAUCAAUGAGAAGAAUGUGGGCCUUAUCAACCAAACAGUGGAAAGCCUCACAGAGUACUGCCAGGGACCCUGCCAUGAGAACCAGAACUGUAUUGCCACACAUGAAUGCAACGGUAUUGACAUCAUCAUCGCUCUCAUCCUCAACGACAUCAACCCGUUGGGUAAGAAGAGGAUGGACCUGGUGUUGGAGCUCAAAAAUAAUGCCUCUAAGCUCCUCUUGGCCAUCAUGGAAAGUCGCCACGACAGUGAGAAUGCAGAGAGGAUACUGUACAACAUGAGGCCUAAAGAACUGGUGGAGGUGAUUAAGAAGGCCUACAUGCAAGGGGAGGUGGCGCCGGAGGAGCCUGCGGAGGACGAUGAAGAUGUUGAGGAAGAGCAUGCAGCCUCUCCAAGAAACGUGGGCCACAACAUCUACAUCUUGGCCCAUCAGCUGGCUCGCCACAACAAGGAGCUGCAGGCCAUGUUGAAGACCUAUGGGGAAGGGGAUGAAGCCCUGGAGUUCUAUGCCAAGCAUACCGCUCAGAUUGAGAUUGUGCGGCUGGAUCGGACCAUGGAGCAGAUAGUGUUCCCUGUGCCCAACAUCUGCGAGUUCCUCACCAACGAAUCCAAGCUGAGGGUGUAUUACACCACAGAGAGGGACGAGCAGGGCAGCAAGAUCAACGAUUUCUUCCUGCGCUCCGAAGACCUCUUCAACGAGAUGAACUGGCAGAAGAAGCUGCGAGGUACUCAAGAGCCCACCACUGGUAACGCAAACACGGUUCCCUCCCAGCCCAUUCUGUACUGGUGCUCCAGGAACAUGUCCUUCUGGAGCAGCAUCUCCUUCAACCUGGCCGUGCUCAUGAACCUACUGGUGGCCUUCUUCUACCCUCUGGAAGGUGUCCGUGGAGGCACCCUGGAUGGUCACCUGUCAGCCCUACUGUGGAUCGCCAUGCUGGUGUCCCUGGCCAUCGUCAUCAUCCUGCCCCAACCUCACGGCGUGCGGGUUCUCAUUGCUUCCACUAUCCUUCGCCUCAUCUUCUCUGUGGGUCUGGAGCCCACACUGUUCCUCCUGGGGGCCUUCAAUGUGGGCAAUAAGAUGAUCUUCUUGAUGAGUUUUGUCGGAAACAGAGGGACGUUCACAAGGGGCUACAAGGCCAUGAUCAUGGAUGUGGAGUUCCUUUACCACCUCCUCUAUCUGAUCAUCUGUAGUCUGGGUGUCUUCGUCCAUGUCUUCUUCUACAGUCUUCUGCUCUUUGACCUGGUAUACAGAGAAGAGACGCUGCUCAAUGUGAUCAAGAGUGUAACCCGCAAUGGUCGCUCCAUCCUGCUAACAGCCGUUCUGGCUCUCAUCCUGGUCUACCUGUUCUCCAUCGUCGGCUACAUCUUCUUCCAGGAUGACUUCCUCCUCAAUAUUGACAGGAUACCUAACAGAACACUUGAGAGUGGAGCCAGCAUGGUGGGAGAGUUCCUGUCAGCAGGAGUGUGUGGGAAGGACAACGGAGAGAACUGCUCCACGGAAAAUAUCAUGGAUGCUGCCAUCGCUACCCAGCCUUCAGCAAUGGUGAUCGAGGAUAAGGAGAGGUCAUGUGACUCACUGCUCAUGUGCAUCGUCACUGUUCUGAGUCAUGGACUGAGAAGUGGAGGCGGUGUAGGUGAUGUCCUGCGGAAGCCAUCCAAAGAGGAGCCUCUGUUUGCUGGCAGGGUGAUCUAUGACCUGCUGUUCUUCUUCCUGGUCAUCAUCAUCGUCCUUAACCUUAUCUUUGGUGUCAUCAUCGACACCUUUGCUGACCUCAGGAGUGAGAAGCAGAAGAAAGAGGAAGUCCUGAAGACCACUUGCUUCAUAUGCGGCCUGGAAAGGGACAAGUUUGACAACAAAACGGUGACGUUCGAGGAGCACAUCAAGGUGGAGCACAACAUGUGGCACUACCUGUUCUUCAUAGUGCUGGUCAAGGUGAAGGACUCCACCGAGUACACAGGCCCAGAGAGCUAUGUGGCCGAAAUGAUCCGGGAGCACAAUUUGGACUGGUUUCCACGGAUGCGGGCCAUGUCGCUGGUUUGCAGCGAUGCAGACGGAGAGCAGAAUGAGAUCCGAAGCCUACAGGAGAAACUGGAGUCCACCAUGAAGCUAGUCUCCAACCUGUCUGGACAACUAACCGAGCUGAAGGAGCAGAUGACAGAGCAAAGGAAGCAGAAACAGAGAAUUGGACUGUUGGGUCAUCCACAACAGCCACCACAUGCCAACCCCCAGCAGCCUGCAUGAGGCUGGGGGAAGGAAGCUCCUCAACCCAGCCCCAGCUCCCCAAGACCCGGGAAGACUCACUUCUACUCCUGCUUUGUUUGCAUAAGGGACUAAGUGCAGAGGCUUGGCUUCAUGGUCCCUCCUGCAUAUAUACUGUAGCUAGUGGAUGGGAGGGGGGGGGGGCAGAGUAUGUACCGACUCAAACAGCUUGUCAUGUAAUUGCGAUGUGUAGGUUACCCACAAAGGUAUGACUCAAUGAAGAACAUUUACCGUACCCCGAGACACCAUCCUCUUCCCUGUCCAGAUGGGAUGGUGCCAAAUGUUUUCUAUGUACAAAUCUUGAAAUUCUCUUAAUAUGGCCUUUACUGGGUGAACUUGAAAUACAGCCAAGCUGUACCGGAUACAGGAAGACUGAAUGACAAGGGAAUUAACAUCUUUUCGUAUUUACUACUGUUAUAGGGAGCAGUAUUUAAUGUCUUAUUUUUGUAUUUUGUGCAAUAUCACUACUUGAACAGGCAACCUUCUUGGUGUGUGAAUUAAGUUGUUCUUUAAGUAAUGUCUUAUUUAAUAGGGACACAAAACAAUUUUAGAGGGGCGAUUUCAAUUAAAUAGGGACCUGUUGUUAGACUUUAAUGAUUCCAUGUAGAAAAGCUAUUGGUUGGAUAAUGAAGUCACAUGUAUUGUUCUGGCCUUUCAUAUUUUGCAUACAAAUGCUUUAAUGCACUUAAUAGAUAUGGUAUAUUGACAGCAAGUAUAGGUCUUGGUUUCAGGUUCCAGUCUCCAAAUAAGAUCCUACCUGGUACUAUUUUAUGAUAUUAGCUUUCUUAUAUAACUGGGUUUUAAAUAUUUAAGACACUUGCUUUUCUUCAUCUAAACAAAUGUAAUGUGUUAAAAUAUGAAAGGAAAUUAGCAUAUAUUGUCCAGGUUUAUCCUCUGAUAAUUAUACAAUGUUCAUGUGUGCCAUUUGUCACUUAAGACAUAUUUGUUUGUGUACUGAUUAACUAUUUGUGACAAAGCUCAUUCUUUGUUUUAUUGUUCAGCGCAGCAGUUGUUCUCCAUUGAGAUAUUUAAUAAUUUUUUUCAUUAUUUCUUUUCUAAAACAUGUAUAUACAUUAUGUAGCUUAAACCACUGUUUUUAUAUAGGGAACUACGGUUAUAUGGAAUUUAAAAGCAGUGUUACUGAAAAUGAAUUAUUUAAUUUAAAACAUUUAAGUACUGUC